GGUCGGGCAAGCGCGAAGCUGGGGCCGCCGGAGCCGAGCAGGGAACGGCGUUUGCCGGGGCCGAGGCGGAAGCCGGAGCCUUUGGCGGACGGGACCGCGGGAACCCGGAAACGCCUGGGCCGCACCGAGGCGGUCCGGGCUACAGAGACGGCGGGAGCCGGCGGUGCUGCGGGGCAGCGAACGCGGCGGGGCCGGCGGGCUCGGCAGUCUGGGGCGCCCGGUGUCGUGGAGCCCGGGGCUCCAGUGCGAGCAGCUGGCCGAGCCGCACGGCGGGCAAAUGAAGAGAAAACAAUGUCUGCCAACCUAAAGUAUCUUUCCUUGGGAAUUUUGGUGUUUCAGACUACCAGUUUGGUUCUAACGAUGCGUUAUUCUAGGACUUUAAAAGAGGAGGGUCCUCGUUACCUAUCUUCUACAGCAGUGGUUGUGGCUGAAUUUUUGAAGAUAAUGGCCUGCAUCUUUUUAGUCUACAAAGACAGUAAGUGUAGUGUGAGAACACUGAAUCGAGUUCUGCAUGAUGAAAUUCUUAAUAAGCCCAUGGAAACACUUAAGCUUGCUAUUCCAUCAGGGAUAUAUACUCUUCAGAAUAAUUUACUCUAUGUGGCACUGUCAAACCUAGAUGCAGCCACUUAUCAGGUUACAUAUCAGUUGAAAAUACUUACAACAGCGUUAUUUUCUGUGUCUAUGCUUGGUAAAAAAUUAGGUGUGUACCAGUGGCUCUCCCUAAUAAUUCUGAUGGCAGGAGUUGCUUUUGUGCAGUGGCCUUCAGAUUCUCAAGAGCUGCAUGCUAAGGAACUUUCAACUGGCUCACAGUUUGUAGGCCUCAUGGCAGUUCUCACAGCAUGUUUUUCAAGUGGCUUUGCUGGAGUUUAUUUUGAGAAAAUCUUAAAAGAAACAAAACAAUCAGUAUGGAUAAGAAACAUUCAACUUGGUUUCUUUGGAAGUAUAUUUGGAUUAAUGGGUGUAUAUGUUUAUGAUGGAGAAUUGGUAUCAAAGAAUGGAUUUUUUCAGGGAUAUAAUCAACUGACAUGGAUAGUUGUUGUUCUACAGGCGCUUGGAGGACUUGUAAUAGCUGCUGUCAUUAAGUAUGCAGACAAUAUUUUAAAAGGAUUUGCCACCUCCUUAUCCAUAAUAUUGUCAACAGUUAUAUCCUAUUUUUGGUUGCAAGAUUUUGUGCCAACCAGCGUCUUUUUCCUUGGAGCCAUCCUUGUAAUAGCAGCUACUUUCUUAUACGGUUAUGAUCCCAAACCUUCAGGAAAUCCCAUUAAAGCGUAGUCAUGUACUAUCUUUAACUGGUUUUUCACGAUGGUGCCCUGGGAAUCUCAACAUUAAUCUUCCACAAAGGAUUUCUGCAGAUUCUGUGAAGAUAUCAUCAUGCUAAAUCUGGUCAUACUGUUCAAAUGAUUUGAAAAUGUGUAGGCUUCAGGAUGAAACGUGUACAGCAUCUGGUAACUCAAGCUUGGAAGUAUGUCCAGGGAGUAGGGUUAGAGGAUCCAGGUAGGAGGUCUGAAGUCUGAGAUCAUAACAACUUCACCCUUUUGGUUGCUGCAGAACUUUGGUUGUGCAGCCUUUGUGAGAGCACACAAACCCAAAUGCCAAUGUUUGCAAGGCAGAUCUCCUUAUUCUUAUCACAUGUUCUUAACCUUACUCUUUCUGUAUAGAUAUAUCAAAUUACAUGGACUGUUUGAAGUUGGAAGAUUAUAAUUGCCAUAAUAAGCUGUGAACAAACAAAUAUAAUAUAAAACCAUUUUCAUGUAUCUGGGAUUUUUAUAUUCAUACAGAAGAUUGCUAAGCAAAGGAUUGCUAAAUUUUAUUUGUUUAGUUACAUAAAGCUUGAUGAAGUAGUCUGGGUUUGAUUCAUAUUUAAAUUUAGUGUAGAGAGAAUCUAUUUCUUUAUGUAUAGCUUUAGACCAUUUACUGCUUUGAGACAGCUGAAUGCAGUUAGGUUCUUCAUAUACUAGAGGAGCCAGUGACUUUGACACUAAUGAAGUUUUACCCAUCAUUUUCCAGUUGUAUUUCAUAUAUAUAUAUGUAUACAUUAUACAUAUAUAUAUAUAUGAAAUUCUUAUUACCUUAAAUUGAAUUUGUGUGUUUCCAUUAAAACUUUUUAAUUAAUUUAAAGGGACUAAGUACUCAUUUAAUAAUUGAAAAUAAAAUAAUGAUUACUGUCUAAUCUCCAUGUGGAAAACUCUCUAUGAAGCAUAUACUAUAUAUAGUUUUGAAAUGGAGAAUUUUGUUGUUCUGCAGUAGAAUUUUUUUAAAUCUCCAAUCUCCAACUGUUGACAGAAGCAACAAUCAAAAAAAAAAAAAAAAAAUAGUACUAGUCAUAUCAGUGGACCAAGAACAAGCUGACUUUCUUACAGACAUUCCCUACUAUCGUAUUACUUUUUUGUUGUUGUUGUUUUUUGUUUUAAGGUAAGGUUUCAUUAUGUAGACCAGGCUGGCCUCAAACUCAGAGAUCUAUCAGUCUCUGCCUCCUGAGUGCUGGGAUUAAGGGUAUGGGUCACCCUGCUCAGCUUACUACAUUUUUAGUAGCACUAUACUUUAAGCUCAAAGGCUGUUUAGAAGAUUUUAGGUCUUAAAAGCCCAUUUCCCUGGCAAUACUCUGAUCAUGUUUCUGGAAGAGGUGGUAGCAUUCUGGAUUCCCUUUCUGUGUCCCUGUGAGUGCUGCUGGAAAGGAGCAACCAUUUGCUUUAAAAUAGUAGAUUUUGUUUCUUUUAACACUGGUGUUGAGGCUACAAAUUAUGAGUUAUUUAAUAAGUUGAUUCAAAAGAGAGAAUAUAUUAGAAAUAGUAAAAUUAAACGGGAAGCAAAAUGCAUUCUAUAUUUGGAAUAUAAUUUAUUUAAUUAUUGACUAUAUGCAGAAUUACCUAUUGAAUAUAAGAUAUAUUUUACUUUAUUUUUUCAUUUAUAUUGUAUAUAUUUUAAAAGUUUGUUGUAAUAGAUACAAACCUAUAAGAAGAUGACUAUUUUUUAGGUAGUUCUAAUAGAUUUUUGUUAAAUGGAGUUAGACUCAAAAGUAGUACUAUUAAGAAGUGGAAGGUAGGUGCCCUUGGCUAACUUGGACUGGCUCUUUGAUCUUGUUAGUGCACAUUAACCAAGUCCAUUCAUUAUCAAAGUACUUAAAUUACAGAGUGUUUAAAGCUAUUGUACCAGCGAUGGCAGAAUGAUACCAGGUUUUCUGAAUGCCAGGCUUAUGGUUUUCAGUGAUUGAAUAACUCCAUUUGGAGCUUGGUGGGUGUUAGGCCACCAUAACAUUCAAGCUAUGUCCAGGACCUACAACUAAGUGUAACCUAGAUCUUACAAAUGUACAAAAUUCAUGAAUACAGAUUCAUGUUCGGCUCACAUAAGUAUUGUGUGGGCAACUGUGCUAAUACCGUGUGGAUUCACAGUUAAUGGUUACUUAGAUCUAUCUACUCCUGUCUUGACCCCACAGAAAUAUAUACAAAUAAGUUUUUGGAUAUUAAGGUUGUUAAAAUAAUAACACAUUUCAGGUGUCUGAAAAUCUUUCAUUAGGUGUCAUUUAUAUUUUUCUUUCCUAGUCAGUUAAAAAUGUUAUUGGGUUGAAUGUAUAAUUUAAGAAUUUAUAAAGAGAUAAUCACAUUUCGGAGGAAAAUGGGCUUGUAUCCUAGAUUGUGUGAAUUUUUAUGUAAUAUGCAUUGUGUUUUGAUGAUGUUCAGUAGUGUGAUUUUGUCAUGCUUUUAUAACGCUUGGAUUAUUUAAAUUUGAUGCUUUUAAAAGUGUACCUGUUAUUUCUCAGCUAUUUUCACUAGUAUGGAAUGUGUGAAUUCAUGGAGGAAGAAUACCAGUGAGACCUGCAUUAAAGUGGCAAAAAGCUUGAUGCACCAGCAGGCCCAACAGUGCAGCAUAGUACCUCUGUGCUCAAUGCUCUUCAAGCUGGAGUCACUUUUAUAAUAGAUUAUGUAGUUUAAAAAUGCAUACCUUAAUGUUUACAUCAGUUUCUAUGGAAUGACACAGAAUUUCAUAUAAUGAAGAGACAGUUGGAUAUUUAAACUAGAGUCUAUUAGGAAAUUCUUAAAGGAAAUUAAUUGACAUUCUGCUCUGAACAUUUAAGUAGAAUGCUUACUAUUUUUACAAAUCAUGUUAGUAGACUUUAAAUUUCGUAUAAUGACAUUUGACUGAGGUGUUUCCUUUCCCUUUGUGUUUGAGGCAGGGUCUUACUUUGUAGCCAUGGCUGGCCUGGAACUUGCUAUGUAGCCCAGGCUGGCCAGCAAAUCACAAAGAUCUGCCUGCCUCUGCCUUCCAAGUGCUGGGAUUUAAGAUGUGUGCUACCACUACUACCAUUUGAAUUUUGGUUUUUUUGUUUUUAAAGAAAGGCUUUGGCAUCACACAUUCUAUUUAAACAUUUAUUAUAAAAAUAUUUGACUUCUAUCUUUACAUUGAAUUUAUAAAAAGUAUUUAUGUUGUAUUGAAAGUCAUCUUAAGAAUCUCCAAGAUACUUAAAGUUAUAGGGCCAAAGAAAAUGUACCUUUACCACAAUCUGGUCCUAUGUGCCUUGAUUACCAAAUAAAUACCUGACUUUUAUGGAGAUCAUUUCCAUAAUUUACAACUUUAGAUACAUACUUGAAAUUAGGAUUUUUUUUUUUUUUUUAAGAAUUACGGAAUAACUAUAAUUGUAGCUUUUGGUUGUUUCAACUUUUGCUCUUUAAAUCCAUGAUCUAGCAAACUGAUACUAAGUAUCCUCUCAAAGUAUCUGUGAAUAGCACUUGUUUAAGUGACUUGUGACACCUGCACCAUGAUUCAGGUUUGAUACUUUAACAACUGUAUAUACAUGUCUGUCUGUUGUUCUUUUCUUGUAAGACAUAAUUUGCUGUGAUUUAAAACAAUAUUUUAAAAAUGACUUUGACCCUAAAUUGAUCUAUGUCUGUACUUCAUUUACGUAAAGUGAUUCUUUGGGGUUUAGGAAUGUGAUUUGUAUCUUAAAUUUUUUACAAAUGUAUUUCAAAGGAAUGUGUAAUGUGGUCUUCUAUUAAGUGGCUUUUUAAGUGAUAAAUUCCUCAUGUCAUUUUCUUUUCUUCUUUUUUUUGUUUCCAUUAUUACAUAUAUUUAUUAGAUAAGGGAAAUAGAUUAUUUUCAUAAAUAACUGUAUUCUCAUAUUUCUGCUUUCCCUUUUUAUCUGUGUCUGAUUUAAUUUGUGGAUUAGUUUCUUAUUUUUCUAUUUCAGGAAUGACUUGUUCAUCUUCAUCCCUUGGUAACUUGGUAUCAAAUGUAAUUCUGCUUUCUUUUCUUUGUUUUGCCAAAGUGGUUAGAAUUUUUCUGCCUUUAUAAUGAUCACAACCUAAAUGAUUUUGUUUGAAAUAAAAUACUUCUUUGCUGCC